AUGUCUCAUCACAGCUCUACUGAGAAGCAACAUGCAAUCCACCUCGAAGGAGAGGCGGUAGUGGAUGAGUAUCUGUCUCUCUUUCCCCUUUUGGCCAAUAAAAGUCUCGAGGAACGUCAGCAAAUUGAAAGAAAGCUGAAGCGCAAACUGGAUUGGGUUUUCUUGCCAGUUGUUACGCUAAUGUUACUGAUGGGCUACCUCGACCGCAUUAACGUCGCAAAUGCUCGGCUGGCAGGUAUGCAGGAUGACCUGCACAUGUCUGAUACAACAUGGUCUGCCGGAAUCUCGUUGUUCUACGUUGGUUAUAUCGUCACUCAACUCCCUGCCACUGUCUACCUCGCCAAAGGCCUCCCACGAUGGCAGAUGCCAGCCUAUGUUAUUGCUUGGUCUGUCAUCACAGCCUGUAUGGCAGCUAUGACUAGCGGCUGGUCUUUCUUAGUAUGCCGCUUCAUGGUCGGAGUGGCUGAGGGCCCUUUCCUUCCUAUGGUUAGCUUGAUGACUUCCUCAUGGAAUACUAAAGAGGAGGCACCCUUAAGGAUGGCUAUCUGGCAUGCUGGUAAUAUAUGUUCUAACAUCUUCUCCGGGUUACUCGCGGCCGGCAUUUUGGAGAACAUGAACGGUCUUGCUGGUAUGCGUGCAUGGCAGUGGUUCGUUAUUAUUGAGGGUAUUGUUGGUCUGUUUGUCGCUGUCAUGGGGUUUUGGUGCAUCCCCAACUUUCCCCAUAAUACCGGUACAUACUUCAUGACCCCCGAGAUGUCGGAGAUGGCCCAAUAUCGAAUGAUCGUCUCAGCAGGCGGGCGAUCCGAGGAUGACGAAGGAGGUGCCUGGGAAGGUGUCAAGCUUGCAUGCCAAGACCCAUUCACCUGGAUAUACACGGUGCUUCACUUUGGUCUCAUUGUCGCCCUUUCAUUCAAAGAUUUCUUCCCAUCGAUUGUGAAAACUCUAGGAUACUCGAACCUCAUGACCUAUCUCAUCCAAGCUCCACCAUAUGUCUUCGCUUACAUCGCCACCUGUGUCAUCUCCUGGUCGUCAGGCAGAUACCAGGAGCAUUGUUGGCAUAUAGUUGGCAGCACAGUCGCAUGCAUCAUUGGCGUCGUCAUCAUGAUAUUCACCCUGAACGCAGGUGCCCGAUACUUCGGCAUGUUCCUGUUGUGUGCCGGACCUUUUGUCGGCCUGAAUGUCCACAUUCCCUGGGAGACAACCAACGUCGCUCGCCCCCGCACAAAGCGUGGUGCUCUUGUUGCUAUCACUAACUGCAUCGCAUCAGUUUCCCACUGGUUCACACCAUACUUUUUCCUUCGCUCCCAAGAACCUCGUUAUCAAAAUGGCGGCAUUUUGAUUAUUGCAGGCUGUGUCAUGGGCAUUGUCGGUUGCCUGGUUUGCAAAUGGUAUGUUAAGAAACUGAACAAGAAAAUGGACGUGCACGAAGCAACAAACAACCUGCCAAAGAGGUGGCGCCUAGAUGAUAAGCUGACCGGCGUUUCGGCGUUUCGGGACCACAUCGCCAAGACCAUACAUUCAAAUUUCGAUCUUCCCCGCCGUGACUCUUUCCGACCGGCACAAUCCUCACUUCGACAGCGGUGGCCCAUCGACAAUGCAAGCAUUGGCGUUCUUGAGGUCAGCCGGGCUAACUCCCUCCAGGUCCGCUGUGAAGUUAACAGCGAAUCAAACACUUGCGUGACAUGCAAGGCUGCUGAAGUCGAGUGCAUCCCGCGCACCAGAAAGCGCCGUCGUGUAGGAUCUGCUCCCACAGCCCAAGUACUGGAUCACAAUGACAAUCAAAGUCACAGCUUUCAGAACACUCAGGUUAUUUCGCAGCCAUCUAGGCCAGGCAUGGAAAUACCGAUAGAACAUGCCACAUAUCAGCUUCAGACCCCAUCUACGUGGAAGAGUCAAGCAACCACCUACAUAGGCAGAGGCCACUACGUCGCAGACGAUGAUGAGAUAGACGAGACGAGUGCUCGUGCAUUCGAACCGGCAAAAAUAAAAGUAGGCCCUCAUGCAAGCACCCAAAAGGAAACAUUGGUCUUGUGGAAAGUCUUCGACAUACCUCCUCUUGCAGCGCGUCAAAGCCUACUCAGUGCUUUCCUAGACUAUUGCAACCUAUGGACGCCUGUUCUGGAACCAAAGGAUAUACAAGAGCUUUCGUGUUUCGACCAAAAGAAGACUUCAAUGCUGCUGGCACAAUCGUUAUGGCUGGCUGGCAGCCGAGUCACGAAUGCACCUUCUGUGGUUGCCUUUGCAUCGUCGGACGAUUUCUAUCACAGGGCCAAAGCAGUCUUCUGGUCUGGACUAGAGGCGGAUGGGCUGUCUGCCAUUAAAGCAUCAUUAAUGCUCCAAUGGUACAACCCACAGGCCCCUGAGCAUAUUUCAUUUGACAACAGUGGUUUCUGGCUCAAGAUUGGGGUUGGAAUUGCCCAUCAGAUUGGCCUGCACAAGGAAUCACUUCCAGGACCGACCAGGGCUAUUCGGCGGAGGCUGUGGUGGAGUUUGGUGGUUCGAGACUCCUUGAUCUCUGUCGCGCAUGGUAGGCCACGAGUCAUUAACCUCGACGACAGCGAUGUCCAACCACCCAUAGCGAGCGACUUCCCAGACUCACCGUCCGCGUUUCAACUAUUCUCAGCGUGGGUGGACAUUUGCCUGAUACUUGGAGAUAUAUCAUCCUGCUGCAUGCGAAGACACAUGUCACGAACCAAAAGACUCUACAUCGUCAACGCUUUGUGCCGCUGGACAACGAGUCUGCCACAGGAGCUCCGGGUUGCGGCCAGCAACCAGCCGCCGCACAGCUACUUCGCAAACAGUCACAACCUGGCGGCACGCCAGCUAUAUCUACCAUACUUUACUAGCUUGAUAGUCCUUUCCCGAAUGCAGCACUCUGCAGGAUCGCUAUCGGUGACGGCGACAUUGGCGGCAUCCUUUGUCGCCCGUAUUUUUGAGGAUUUUCUGGCCAGAGACGAGGUCAAAGUCUUAGCACCGAUCAGUACGCGAUAUUGCCUUAUUUCAAGCAUGGCGCUGGUCUCGGUUAUGCCUAAUAAGCGAUUGUGGGAUGCUGUGCAGCCGGAUCUGGACAUACUUCAGCACGCACUCACGGAGCUUUCCAAGCGCUGGCGGUCAGCAAUUGGAGCUUCUAGAGCUCUCCAAAAUGCUAUCAAUAAGAGGAGGCAACGUACCUGCAGCUCGACGGCCGAACUACGGAUGGACAAUAAGAAUUCUCUAGAAUACUUCAAGAUGAUAGACCUUGGCUACUGCCGUAUAUGGAGCACUUUAAGCCAGCAACUGUCCUCAAGCCCGCUGGCUAUUCAAGAGCAAAUUUCGGAGCCAAUACAACCCCUCAACGAUGCGUUAGAUACCAAUCCUUUCAUGGAUCCAGGCGAAGCGUGGGAUAUGGGAACAAUUCAAUUCGAGCACGUGGAGAAUUGGAUUCUUAACGAUGGGUUUCUAUUCGACCCCUAA